AGCUACACGACGACCGCAACGACGAAAGAGUGUGAAAAUGUCUGCAAGGACCUCAGCAAAGUACGUGAAGGAAAAGGACCGUAGUCGUCGACGACUGGAACAUCUUUGGCUGCAGCCUUAUGUUGUGUUAUGCAGAGCAGACAUCAGUGAAGCUAUUCGUCCUAAGCAGCCGGAGCGCACUUGCAUUAAAGAGGAAGAUGUGGGCAAAGAGGUCCAUCACUUCAAUGAACAAAUGGAACAGAAGUUUCUUUGCACCAUAAAAGAGGAGGAAGAGCCGGAGCGGCCUUGUAGUAAAGAGGAGGGGGAGGAGUUCUGCGACAUUAAAGAGGAGGAGGAUACCUGCAAGAUGCCAUUGACUGGUGUUGCUGUGAAGAGUUUAGAUGAGGGUCAACAGGAGGUGAGCGGAGGGGCGGAGCCUCCAAGCUGCAGCUCAAGUCAAACAAUGACCAGAGAAGGUGAUGGAGAUCACUGUGGAGGAUCACAAGCAGCUCCACCAUUAGAUAGAUUAGAUGUGUCGUCACAUGUUGCUGCUGCUGCUGCUGCUGCUGCUGCUGCUGCUGCUGCUGCUGCUGCUGCUGCUGCUGCUGCUGCUGCUGCUGCUGCUGCUGCUGAUGAUGAUGAUGAUGAGUCUCAAAACAAACACAGGCAAUGUUCUCAGUGUGGGAAAUGUUGUGCUAAUAACAGUGUUUUGAAACAACACAUGAAAAUGCACACUGGCGAGAAACCUUUUUCCUGCUCAGUUUGUGGACAAAAAUUCUCUCGGGAGGCAAGUCUAACAUUUCAUACAAGAACCCACACUGGCGAGAAACCUUUUUCAUGCUCAGUUUGUGGCCAAAAAUUCUCUUACAUGGGUAACUUGAAAACUCAUACAAGAAGUCACACUGGUGAGAAACCUUUUUCCUGCUCAGUUUGUGGCCAAAAAUUCUCUUUGAGGAAAAAUUUAAAAAGGCACACAAGAAUCCACACUGGCGAGAAACCUUUUUCAUGCUCGGUUUGUGGCCAGAAAUUCUCUCACAAGGAGAGCUUAAAAAGUCACACAAGAAUCCACACUGGCGAGAAACCU